UGGACAUGGGUGGGAUCUACACGUCUCUUGGAGUUCAACCAUGUCCGUCGUCCUCAUCACAGGCUGCAGCACUGGAGGCAUAGGCUAUUCUCUCUGCGAGGAAUUCGCGAGACAGGGGUGCAAAGUCUAUGCGAGCUCUCGCCGAACGGAGACCAUCGCAGACUUUGCGGAUGCGAAGAUCCAGAAACUCGCUAUCGACGUUACUGAUGACGACAGUGUCUCCAAAGCCAUCCAACACAUUGUCGACACUGAAGGGAGGCUGGAUGUGCUCGUGAACAAUGCGGGAACCAUCGCCCCUGGACCUAUCCUUGAGCAGUCCAUGGACCAUAUUAAGCGGGUGCUCGAUACCAAUACAAUCUCGAUUCUACGUGUUUCCAAGGCCGCCACACCGCACAUGGUCAAGAAGCGCAAAGGCUUGAUUGUUAAUAUCGGCUCUAUCGUCGGUGACAUUGCAACCCCAUGGAACGGGCUCUAUUGCGCUUCCAAAGCAGCAGUUGCUAGUAUCUCGGAGGUCUUGGCUAUGGAGUUGCAGCCGUACAACAUCCAAGUCCUUCACAUUGCACCAGGAGCUGUGAAGUCGAACAUCGCUGCCAAUGCGACUGGUUCUUUCACCCUUGCGCCAGACAGUCUGUGGGGCGAGUACCUUCCUGACAUGAUGCGGCGUAUCAACGCGAGUCAGGGACCUGGCUCGAUGCCCAACGAGAUCUUUGCCAAAAAGGUUGUGGCAAAGGCGCUUAGAAAGAACCAGCCUUUCUAUACUUACUUUUCCUUGGGCGGAAACGCGGGACUGUUUGCGUUCUUAAAGUGGUUGCCGAGGGUGUGGGUACUGCGGCUUAUGUGGAAAACAUACUCGAAGAAGGCGUAGAUUAUGACGAGAGUGUAGUAGAUAGAAGAGCGUUGUGUAUAUGCC